AUGUGCCAAUUAAAAUAUGCCUCCCUAUCGAAAUGUGAUAAUUCUUUGUGGGAUUAUAAGCCGACAAGACGGACCAAUGAAGGAAUACACCGAACUCAUUCACCUGGGAAUGAUCCGAAUACCUUACAAGAUUCCCAGUUAGCAAAGAAUUUCUCUUCUCGGAAUACAAUUUCUAAACUAGCCGAUGUCGAAACGAAAGAAGUUGGCUCAAGGAAUUCAAAUGGCAACGGAAGAGAUAAGCCCAGACCUUACGAGCGCAGACAAGAAAUUCGAAAGAAAAACCCUGCUGUCGUCAACAACACAAAUGUUAAGAAGGAAGGGUUCACGAAUGUAGAUAUCUUAACCGAGGAAACAUUCACAAAAGAACUUAAACAUCCCAAACUGAACCAACAUGUCUCGGGUUUAUCGUCUCGUCCCGAACUCGCAUUGCAGCAAAUGGUCAUAAACAAAAGCCGAGAUUAUAUCAACUCCAAUUGCAACAGCUCUAACAACAACGCUGUCAGAAUUGCCGAGUCGGGGCCUCAAUCAAACUAUGGCCGAAGGAGAAGAUCUCGACCUCACCGGAGACAAAAAUGUAGCGGAUGGGUAAAAUAUCCGACAGAUAAAAAAUACGAUCCCCUAAAUAAAGUUACAAGCAACAAACAGGAUAAUUGUCAUGGGCUGCAAAAUACACCUUGGGAAAUAGCCAACUACUUAAAGUCGAAUAUGAACCUGAAAAAAAUUGGUCAAAAAGGAUCAGGGAACUUGACUUACAGAAGUGCCGCUAAUAAUAAUAAUAACAGUAGUUGUGAUGCUGCUUUAAGUGCUAGUUCAAGUUUGCAUCCGAAAGAUGAACAAGAGAACCAAAUGCGAAGGAUCAAUGUCACCCCUCUUGAUCCUCUGCUACGAAACUGUCGGCAGAUCAUCGACCGACAUCCAUCAAUCUAUGUGUCUCAGACAGGAUUGGUGAAUCUCUUUUUGCGUGGCGGCACAUUACUGGAAAUAACCGUUGACAAAACUCUGCGUCUUGUCGACCAGCGCCUCAACAUCGCAAUUGCUCUUAACUGGCGCGACAAGUCCUGCAAUGUGCAUCACCCACAGGCUGUGAUAAACAUGGCCGAGACGUCGGCCGACAUUGAGCUCUAUGGAAAAUGGCAAGCGAGGAUGAGAUCUGGUAACGUCCUAGCUGGAGACAAAUGCCGCUCAGUUUGGUUCGACAGUAUUGAAAAUUACGGCACAGCAAAAUAUGAUCAGCACCAAUUUCUCAAUUCCACAGUCGAUAACACUGUUGAUUUGGUCUAUUCGACCUCGGCGUAA